AAUAUAGCCGAACGACGAAUGAAGUUAAUAAUACAAAGUUAAGACCUCCCAUAUCAAAUUUCAAAGUGCAAACGACCCACUAAACGAUAAUUAAUUUUCAAAAUACAGGUGAUAAACUUGAUGUUACUUUUUUAAAAUUCAAUCAUACAUUCCCAUGCAUUUAACUUCAAAUAUAUUUCGUAUUUAUGUAAAGGUACAAAGUUCACGCAUUUUUGUCGAGUCACGCUGUAAGUACACUUGAGACAGGAAAGAUUCAAAGUUACACGCGUAAAUUUGAUUAGCACGUAACUGAUAAAAAUUUAUUCACGAUUAAAGCCUUAAAACAAAAAUAUUCACUGUGAUGUAAAUAAUUUAUUACACUGAGUUAGCGCAUAACUUAAAGCAUAUUUACAAUGAUGAAAGCAAGAAAGUUCAUCUUAGUUCAACAUUUCAAAGGAUUGCCGAAGAAAGAAGAUGUAAAAAUUGUAGAAGAGGAAUUGCCACCUCUUAAAACUGGCGAAUUUUUAGCUGAGGCUGUCUAUUUAAGCGUUGAUCCUUAUAUGCGAGCUUACGAACCAAGAUUUCAAAUUGGAUCUUCAAUAAUAGGAGGACAAGUUGCCAAGUAAGUACGUUAUAAACUAACAAUCAUGCAACA